AUCGACAUGGACAGCCCCUCGCAGGUGUAUCACCAGUUGACUGACCCCCUCGAUGAGCCAGACGACACUGACUUGGGAGUCGACCAAGAUGAGGACUAUAUCGACAAGGGUGAAGACGAGGAACACCGGGGCGAAGGACGAGUGAGGGGUCCUCAAAAGCAAAAUCAUCGCAAGACUUUUAAGGUCGGACUCUGGGACGCCAUGAAUGACCCCGCCUUCCAUCACCUCAUUUGUUGGUCAGCCGAUGGCACGAGCGGUGAGAUUCCUGAUAAGUUUAAAUUCCAGAAUAGUCACGCAAUGCGAGCCAUCACCGAUGCCAAGGACUUCGGAGGGUUUGUCCGCCAGCUUCACAUGUGGGGCUUCAAACGCUCCAGUGUCGACGGCCGGUCCUGCGCUUUCUAUCACGAGAGUUUUCGCCGCGGCCGACUCGACCUUCUUGAGCAGAUCAAGCGCAAGGGCGAGAGGAAGGUCGCUCGUGUGCCCGCUGUAAGAGUGAUGGACAACUGGCCUCCCCCCUGACUCGCAGACUCGCAAGCCGCGCAUCCGCCGUAAGAAGCCUGCUGCCUCGAG